AUGGCGCCUCCUGCGGUGUUGAUGGUUGGGACUGGCGAAUAUACCACUGGGUUCGUGGCUGGAUCUGCCUCAACCUCAGAUAAGAAAGUCGGCGUUGUUGGCCUUACCCUCUUCGAUCUUCGUCGUAGAGGCAAAGUUUCAGACCUGUCGAUGGUCGGCACUUCUGGCUCCAAAUUUCCUGCCAUUCGUGAUCACCUCAGCAAAAACAUCACAAACGUUUACAAUAACCUCGACACCACCUUUACCUCCUACCCAUCGGACGACCGGACCGACCCCGAUGCUUACAAGAGCGCGAUCAAAGCUCUCCCAAAAGGGUCUGCCAUCACUAUCUUCACCCCCGAUUCAACUCAUUAUCCCAUCGCAAAGUAUGCCAUUGAACGGGGUAUCCACGUCAUGAUCACCAAGCCAGCAACUCAAUUACUUGCACACCAUCUCGAGCUCCUCGAUCUAUCGCGCAAACAUGGCGUCUACGUCUACAUCGAGCACCACAAACGCUUCGAUCCUGCCUAUACAGAUGCCAAAUAUCGAUCCAAGAACUUGGGCGACUUCAAUUACUGGUACUCAUACAUGUCACAGCCCAAGUCCCAGCUCUCAACCUUCAAAGCCUGGGCGGGUAAAGACUCUGAUAUUUCCUACUAUCUCAACAGUCAUCAUAUCGACAUCUGCGCCUGGAUUGUGGGUGCACUGGGGUGGGUACCACAAACGGUUCGCGCCAGUGCCAGUGAAGGCAUUGCCGAAGGUGUCGGCUGCGUCAAAGGUACAGAAGAUACAAUCACGUUGCUGGUGGACUGGAUCCAUCCUGAAAAGCCUGGGAAGCGCGCCACUGGUAUCUACACCGCCAGCUGGACCGCUCCACAAAAUGCAGGUGUUCAUUCUCAGCAACACUUCCAUUACAUCGCCAGCCAAGGCGAGGUCAAUGUCAAUCAAGCGAAGAGAGGGUAUGAAGUGGUCGCAGAUCAGAGCGAUAGCGCUGCGGACAGUGGGAACAAGUGGAUCAACCCGUUCUACAUGCGGUAUGCACCGGACGAGGAGGGAAACUUCGGAGGACAGGCUGGUUACGGAUACGUGUCGUUUGAGAAGUUUGUAGAUGGCGUCACUGGGGUGAACGAGGGCAGAGUGACAUUGGAAGAGUUGGAUAAGAGGGGUCUACCAACACUGGGGAACACGAUUGUAACAACGGCGAUCUUAGAGGCGGGCAGACGGAGUUUGGACGGUAAGGGUACGGCGGUGGACAUUGUGAGGGAUGGAGGAAAGUGGGAUCUCAAAUGA